UUUCGUCAAUUUUAAUUUAUUCCAGUUUUACUUUUAAAAUAUCUUACCUUAGUUUCUACCGAUCGGUCAAGAUCGUCAAGUUUAAAACGAUGGACAGAAACGGCAGUGUUAACGGCAGUAUGGUUAAUUCUAUUAAAGAUGUGUCAUGGUCAACCACUGAGCUGCCCCUGACACCUGAAGAGGAGGAGGCCAUAGGGACUUUGGUAGUCAUCGUCCUUGGUAUCAUAGUCGCAAUAAUUGUUUUAUUCUCAAUGGGAAUAUUUAUCGACUGCCGACACCAAAAGAAGAAUUCCGGGGUCAAACGAAAAUUUAAACUCAAGAUUCCACCAACGGGACGCAAAAGACGCAGCGAUCGCAAAUCAUUGGCGUCCGAUAUGUGUCCUAUAGGAACGAUGGAUUGCGAUCUACAAAGAGAUGCUAUUGUCUGAUAGUUCGUAUUGUACGAUAUCGCAUAUAGAUUAUCUGUAUCCUUUAUCGAAAUUCGUUAAUUAUAUGAGACACGGAACUUCCAUUAUCUUCAAGUUUCAUUGUUGCUAUUAUUGUCUGAUGCUGUGAUCAUUUAUGCACUUUAUUUUUCAUAAUUGUGAAUUUAUAUUAUUUUUGUUUUAUGUAUUUUUUUGUUAUUUUGUGAUUUCAUAGGUCAGUUACUAUUUACUAUACUAGUCCCAUAUACGUAAGGGAUUUUAUAUAAACGUGUGGAUUACAUAAUUAUUUAUUUUUUAUUUAGUGGUACGCUGGCGACAUUACCGUGGGAAAGUGAAAAAUACUAAUUACCCCUUCAUUAGGCGCGGAGGGUUCUGAAGAUCUGACUUCUCAUUGUCCUCGCCAUCGAUAAAAUAAUUUUUGUUCCGUGCUGCCAUCUUGUGAUAACGAUGAAUGAGCAAACUGUUAAUCCUUGUGUGGGAUGUACGGACAAUAAUAGUUUUCAGCGUAGACUUCUAUAUUUGUAUUUAAGAUGAAAAUAUUGCAUUAACAUGCCCAAUGAAGGGUUAAUUAAUUGAAGGGACGCACGAAUGAAUUAGCACCAUUUUAAUGAAUCACGUAGUAUCUGAUUGCGAGAAUGUAUAUUUUUGAGUGAAGGUUUUUUGUCGUUGAAACCAUUUUGAAUGACAAUUUUUCCACGAAUUGUCAUUUUUUAUCUGCAAUCUGUAAAAUCCAGAUUUAUUAUUAUUAUUAUUAUUAUUAUUAUUAUCAUCAUCGAUAUUAUUAUUAUAGCAAUACAUUUUACAUGCUCAAUUACUUAAAUUUAUUUAGAUUUAGUUACAGAACGAUACGUAUUGAUACAUUUAUAAGACUAAUACCUGUACCGUGAUUAAUGCCAUUACUGAUCGUAAUUAACUAAUGAUAAUUAAAUAAUUACCUGCGUAUUUUACUGGCGUCUAUAUAAAUUACGAAAAUGUUAUUUACAUAUAGUCGAUGAUACAGCUAGUCUUUCCCACAGGCAAGUUCGCCUCAGCAUUGAGAUACGAUUUGAUAUAAUUUAUGUUUGACACUGUACAGGUAUAAUUAUAGAUUGUUAUACGUGGUAUUAAGAGAAAGGUGCAAGUAGCAUAUAAAAUCGCCGGAGGAAUAAAUCUCUAUGAAAAGAAGAAA